AUGGGGUCCAUGCGCGCCUCUCCUGCCGGUCUCCUUCUCCUCGCCUUUGCCCUAAUCUGUGCGUCUCCCUUGUCCUCUGCAGCAGUUCAUAUUAUUACGGCAGAGUAUGGUGGCGACACGGUGAAAAGCUUUACUCACCGCACGGCACACCGCAGCAUUCUCUCUGCCGCCACCAGCGGCAGCAGCGCCACCAGCGGCAGCGCCAGCACGGGCAGCCCGCAGGUCGCGACGGAGGUGGAGGUGGGAGCGACGCGGCUGAGCUUCAGCAGCAAGCGCUGCGUGAGCGUGACCAAGAAGGCGAUGCGGAGAAACGUGACCGUUCCCGUGCAGCGGAAAGGCAGUCAGCAAGUGGGCUUCGGUGUUGUCUGUCCUAACAUCCUGCCUGUGAUGAGCUUUGACCGUGCGUGUGACGCAUUGAAAUGUGAGCCGGAUGGCACCUGUGUGAAGGACCAGAACGGAGAGCGCUACUGCCAGUGGGACUCACCCUGUGGCAGCUGUCCCACUGGAGCCACCUGCAAGGCCGUGCAAUCAAAGGGCAGCAUUCCAAUCCAGGUGCCUUACUGCGAGUGCCCUUCAGGCUACGGGAUGACCGCCACCGAAUGUGUCCUGGGAGGAAAGGACACAGUUGGUGGCAACAGCUACACAUUCAUUGUGAAUCGAUCUGCCAAGGACAAUACCUCCCGGCCCUACACCCUCCGCUAUAACACGGACGGUUGCACACAGUUCCCAGCUGCAGUGGCUGGAAAGUACUCUACAAAGUAUACCGUAUACAGCGUCAAGUCCAAUGCGUAUUGCUAUAAAUACCAGGAAUUCAGUACGGACAACUGCCAAGGGAACCCUGAUUCUCAGUUGUUUUCUCUCGAGAAACGGCUGGAUACAAAGGUUGAGCU